CUAGUAAAUUCGGCACCGAGGCGACGUACGCGCCCUGCUACCUCUCGAACACCCGCUUAUUGUCUUGCGUGGCAGCGUUGGGAGCCUCACCUAUCGGCGCCGGGCUGCUGGUCGCAAUUUCAAGCGCCGCGCUUGUCGCGGCGCUGAGAGGUAGGAUACAAUAAAGGGGGAAAAGCGAUAGGCGCUAAACGAAAAAAAAGCCAUUCGGAGAUGGCGGUACUCGUGAGAGUGAAGCGCAAGCGCGACGAGCUCCCGUCCGAGCGAUUAAUAUUAGCUGCGCCGCGCGCCAAGCGCGAACGCUCCGCGCGCGAAUUACUGAGGAGCACCUUCCAGGGCCUGGGGUUGCACCAGCCGCCGCCCACGCCGGAACAGAACCUGCCCGUCGAGAGGAGGUGCUUCCGGCGCCUCGACACCUUGGACGCGGCCGCCGCGCGCGAUUUGGAAGAGAGAACUAGAGGCGAAACCGCGCAAAGGCUACUCCGGGAGGCCCUGCGGUUACGGCGGAAGCGGCGGCCGUCUCCUGAACACAACGAGGAGGCCUCGCCGACGACGACGCAGUCGUCGCCGAAACGGCGCCAGCGGCCCCCACAACAAGCUAUUUGUGUGGAUUUGAAGGACGGGGCCCUCGAGCGGUCCUCUCCGAUACCGUUCGAGAAGUCCUCGGAGAAGAAGUGUUCUCGUUCCUUGACGGAUCUGACGGCCUUCGCGGGCGUCGAGCGGUCGCCGACCAAUAGCUCCUUAGAUAUGCUCGCGCCGGGCGGCGCGCGCGAGACGGCACGCGACGAGAAUUCCGAGAGGAGGCGCCUCGCCGCGGCCGUCUCCACAGCUAUGGCGAGCGAGGACCCCGCUUCAUUGGUCGAGCUGCGCGCCGCUUGUGGCACGCCUUUGGCUAUUUCCCUCGUUUGUAGAGAUGGAGCGACACCCUUGAUGGCCUUCGCGCGGCACGGUUGCCAGGACGACGUCGCGCGCUUGGUGGCUCUAGGAGCGGACUCGCGAAGAGUCGAUGCUCGGGGCCGCGACGCGGCGAUGCACGCCCACGCGCGCGGCCACGCGGCCGUGCGCGACCGGCUGCUCGCCGCGACGCCGCCGAAUCCGCCGAAACGCGUCGCGAGCGAGGUGCACCCGAAGCGGAGUUUCCUCGACGGCGUGUCCGCGUACUACGAGGACGACCAGGACGUGUCGCACGGCGACGACGCGGAGAUGGUCGGCCUGCCUUUAGAUGAUUUCGUCUACGACGUCUACGCCUACGACGCGACGGCGGACGUCGAGCCGCGACGGGUGUCGACGUCGCGCGACCACGACGGCGCGCAGUCGCUGCCCGACGACCUGUCGAGGACGGUGGACUGCGAGUCGCUCGCGUCGCGCGCGAUGACGCCCGGCGGCGACACGCUGAGUUCUUCUGGAGAGAGCGAGGACGACGACGGCCUGUCGACGCGCUGCGUCGUGUCGCCGCGACGGCGUAGUCGAGCGGCGCCGCUGGUCGUCGGCAUCCGCCAUCCUUUGAGAGACGUUCUUGCGUUGCCGCGGACGAACGAGGACGACCCGGCGGGCACGGACGGCGACGACGACGUGUCGAGCCUGGGCGCCGACGACAACGACCGGAACAAGUCGGCGGACGACCGGUCGCUCUCGAACGGGUCGCUCGAGGACGACGACCGCAGCUUCCGGUCACAUCCCAUGGCGGCCUGGGACUCGGCGCCGCCCUUCUUUUCUGUUGGAGGAAAUGGCCCACCGGCCGCCGCCUUCCCGUCUCAUAGUCGAGACGAUGCGAGUCUCUGACCCGCCUUGCUGGAUAUAUCGCCGCGCCGCUAAGAAGGCGGCCGCUGGCGGUCCCCCCUGUUUGCUGCUGAAUCUAACAAUUAUCUUCCCCUUG